AUGCCCAUCACAGAAUUUGUUUUUCCCCGCCUCAAUCAAGAUCCGAAUCUCUUGAAAGGUCUCAAAGACGUAUUGCCACCGGCGGCCAAAGCCACCUUUUCCGAUGUUCCCGGCUUGUUGAAUCACUACCGCGGCAAGGUGGUCAAGGCCCAGCGUAUCGCUGAGAGCGCAGCGAUCGAGCAUAGUGGCUUGGUUCUAACUCUGGAGUGGGAUGACAUAUCCUCAUUCAAUACUUUCUGGGCCUCCGAAAAGUUUGCAUCCUUCCGGGAGACCAUGAAGCCCUACCUGCUGGGUCCUGUAGCACCAGACCUGUUUAGCUCUGACAAACAAACCCACUCGGGUGGGACAACGUCUUGCAAAUAUACACAAUACGUCAAGGUCCAUGAUAUCAACACGGAAGCCACACAAGUGGAAAGCGCUUGGCAGGCAUUGGUUUCCGAGCUAGGAAAACAGGACACGCCGAGUUUCAGCGGCUGGGAAGUCCAGGGCGCAAGUUCGUUUGCGGGAAUGCUUGGGUGGGACUCUCUGGAGGAUUUCGAGACUGCGACAGAGGUGCCUUUGGUAAAAGCACGUUUGGAGAAACUGGCAACGUAUGGGCUUGCAUCAUCUUAUCUCUUGGAGCUGGAAAAGAAGACCUAA